UUGUAAUACCAGAGCAUCGCCAGCGAGGCGAAUGCUGCUAAUGGAGUGCGUCGAAUGGAUAAUACGGCCCGUCAAUUUCGCGUAGAUAAGCAGUCUGCACAUUCAAGGUACAUACUUGCCGUCUGUUGAACCCGCCGGGUAUCGUAGUUCCGCUCCUGCUGACAUUGAGUCCGUAUUAGCGCUCACAAGAGGGGUUCUCCGACAGUAGCUUUGGCGAAACGUCUCGUAGUACAAAACAAGAAAGGGAAGCGGGCAAAAGAAGCAGUCACUGCAAUAAAACGGUUUUAUUCGAAGGUUACCCAGGUGACUUUUUUUUCGAUUCCCCCAGUAACCCUUGAGCCACCGGGCAAUAACCGAAAAAAAUGGCCACCACCAUUCUAGACCUCGACGAUGACGUCAUCAUCAAUGUCUUCCGGCGCCUUCCAGGAAGGCGCGGCAGCUUCGCCCACUCCCUGGUCUGCCGCCACUGGCGCCGCCUGGCGUACGAAGCCCUCGUUUCGAUCACAUUCGAGCAGGACCGCCGCUGUCGCAUCCUCCUAUCCCUCCUUAACUUCCCUAACCUAGCCUCGCUUACCUUUCCUGAUAACUCCCUGGCCUGGACUUCCGACCCUAUCCUAGAGACAGUUUCAGUGUACUGUCCGAACCUGAGGGAGCUUCGGAUAGGGCACCAGGGCUAUGGGGCUACGUUCGGGGAGGCCGGGCUGAAGGCAAUUUUUCGCGGCUGCCCAAAGCUGGAGCUGUUUACUUUUGAGAGUUUGAAUCGAUCGCCGGUGGUUAUCCCGUCAGAACUCGGGCAGGCGAAAAAUCUGCAGCUGCUGAAAAUCGGGAAAUGGGAGAACGGGUUUUGGGACGACUCUAACCUUGAGAGCAUGCCUGAAACGCUGGGCAACCUGACAAAACUUUCAGAGCUGACCAUCGCUAGCGACAGACUUUCUCAGCUGCCCGGCGUUUUUGGCCCGCUGGGAGCCUCUCUCAGCUCUAUUCGCAUUCGGUCAAUGGAACUUUCUUCCCUGCCCGACUCAAUGACUCUGCUAACUUCCUUAACGAACCUUGAGCUCGAAUGCAUGGUUCUUUCGCAGCUGCCCGAAGCCAUGCAUUCUCUUUCUGCCCUGACCAGCUUGACCCUCUCCUGCUGCGGAACUUUGACCCACCUGCCCGAAACUCUGGGCAGCUUGCCUCGUCUCGCCCAUCUUAAACUCCACUCCUGCCGGUUUCUUUCCGAGCUGCCCGCUUCAACAACUGCUCUUUCCUCCCUAGAGUCCCUCACCAUCUCCCGCUGUGCUUCUUUUUCCGCCUUGCCCAAGUUCUUCGGGCGGCUGAAAUCCCUCCGCACCCUGCAUCUUGACGUCUUUGAAAGUUUCGAAUCGCUGCCCGAGUCCAUGGGAGACAUGCAGCAUCUGGAGAAAUUUUUUGUUUCAGCCCCGGGCAUCAAAUCUCUCCCCAAUUCAUUUGGACGGCUGAGAUCCCUUAGAGAGCUCGAGAUGGAGGGCUGUUUGAAACUCUGGUACAUCCCAUCGUCGUUCGGGCAGCUUUCAAAUCUUCGAGUCCUGCGCAUCCUCCAGUGCCCAAUGCUCAGCAGCCUGCCCGGAACCUGCGGGCAGCUUUUCGGGCUGAAGGAAUUUGUGGUGGGCGACUGUGGGCAUUUUCAUGUGCCCCAGGCAUUGUCGGGCAUCGUAACGUUUGAAAGCCCGUUUUUCUCUCUGCUGCGAAUCUGAAGUGGAAGAGUUUCUGCAGAAAAUCCUGGCUUUAAGUUCAGCAGGAAGAAAGCUCCCAGUUUUGCCAGCGUUGCGGUUGCUGGCACCACGCAUACCGGUAGCAGCAUCAACACCACCAGAAGAAGCAUCAUACGGAAAGCAUUAGCACCAGCAGCAGUAACAAGACCUAUCCCUGGAGCUCCACUGGCCCCUCCCCUUCGUGGCUGCUCCAUAAAGAAAUCAGUAACACCUGUCUCAAAUCCAACAUACCGGUACUGAUAACACAAGGGACAGCUUUCAGCAGUCAUGCCAUUUGUAAAUCUUUUCUGUUGUCACCUUUACACCAACACCUGCUGAUGUUCUAAACCAUGUACUCAAUGCACUAACU